AUGAAGGCCGCUGUCCCACCCAUCAAUUGUAUAUUUAACUACCUGCAGAACGAGACGUCAGUGACGAUAUGGCUAUUUGAGCAAGUUUCGUAUCGGAUCCGCGGGAAGAUCCGUGGGUUUGAUGAGUUUAUGAACGUUGUGGUCGAUGAAGCGGAGGAGGUACCGCUGGAUAAAGCCACUGGGAGGGAGAUAGGGGAGAAGAGUGUCACACUGGGGAGAAUACUGCUGAAGGGCGACAAUAUAACGUUGAUUACGCCGCGGGAGGAGCAGUGA